AUGAAAACCUUACAAUGUAUGAUGCCAGUUUUGACUUGUGUGAUGUUAUCCACAGUCUUAACUAACCCUAUGGAAUUUAAGGGUCAAAAGGCUGAUUGGUCAACUUUUAAGACAGCAAAGCCUGGGAUUGAAAAUUCAGUAUCAGCUGUAAUUCAAAGGGAUGCAUUAGCAUUAACACUUGAACCACCUUCCGUAAAAAAUGUUUACAACCCAAGUUCAAUUGAAGAUUUGGGCUCUGGGAACUUGAGAGAGAAAAAUCAAGAAUUCUCAAGUCAUGGAAAGGACUCAUCAGAUAGACAACUUACACCACCUUAUAGAAGAGCUGUAGUGAAUUUCUCUGCAACAAAAAAAAUGGGCCCUGAUGCUUUGGGAGCUCCUAAAGAUAGAUACUCAACAAAUAUAGCUCAAGAUAAAAGAAUUGUUUUUACUAAUCAGUAUCAUCAAAUUAGUCCUGAAGACAUUUCACUGUGUCAAAAGAGGGUACAAAAUCUUUUAGGGGAGAGUCCUGGUCACAGUGUUGGAAUUCACAGGCCCGCUCAACACCAUAUUUGUGGACAUGAAAUAACAAGAGAAGAUGGGUAUGAUUUUCUAUUAGAGCAGCCAAACACCUUCAGAAGUUCAGUCAGCAUCUCACCAGAACGUAAAAAGCAAAAAUUGGGACCAAAACACAGCAAUGUGAUAUAUCAAAAUCCCAGGGAUCCAUAUCAAAAUGAUGAUUUUCACAAGGAUGAUAAGUACAAAGAUAAAGAAAUAAUCUCAAAAAAUUGGGAAAUUGCACGCCUUCCAAUGCCCAUGAUUUGGCAUCUGUCACCAUUUCUAUCUGAAGGGUAUGAUGCCCUGAAAGAUAAUCCCAUUUCUAAAGACAUAGAUUCCUGGUUCUCCAAAUUUGAACUUUUCAUGUUGGGCAAACACAGGAAAUGUGGUUAUGUUGGGCUUGAUACUAAGGAUAUCAAAGAAACACUGGAGUUUUGCAAAAGCAUAGACACUUCUUGCGGAAGUGGUACAGAGAUACAUGAUCGAUGGGACAGGGCAGCCGACUCAAAACUUUCCACAACAAAGCAGAAGGCAAGCGGGGGAAAUGAUUCGAUCGAUUCGGGAUUAGCUCAAGUGGAAUGGUUGAGGUCAACCAAAGGACCGUUGACAAACGCGAGGCACCAGAUCAUGAACGCGGUAGCAUUUAGCCUAAACCCACUCCCAAAUUUCCCUUCAAAUCACAAUAGUCCACGUAAUCAGCCAUAUUUCGCAGGUUUCAAGAUUCGUGCGCGCAGAGAAGAAACUCAGAAAUGA